GACUCAGCCAAUCAAAGUGGCCUAUUUGAUUUGCAGCUGCCAAUCAGACAGUGGUAGUGACAAGAGAGGCAUAAGAAUAAAGAAAGGGGAGUCCUAAGUAGAACAAAAGGGGGUCAGGAGACCAGGGGUUACUGGAGGACACCGCUCUGUCAGGUUUGCUUGCAUUGAAAGGGUUAAUUCAUUAGGGUGCUAUGAGAAAAGGGUGCAGACAAUAUGAGUCUGUCAUCCAACUCUUAGAGGUUUUUAUGGCAAGAGAGCAUGUUAGAUAUUAAGCUUAGACAGAGAAGUAAAAAUAAAAACAGAACAAUAUCAUUUCGGGGGUGUUGUGGGCUCUGACUGAAUGUUAAACAUUUCUGUUUCUAUAGAAUUUCUGAACCAUUGUGUAGGAAGAUCAGUGACAGAAACUCUCUAACUGUCAGAGGCCGAGGGUAUGCAUUUAUGCCUUUGUGGUGACAUGUUUGGUGAGACCCUUAAAAGGUUAUUGUUUCACAGUUUAAUUUUUCUAAGAAAGGGGCGGGUUAAAGUGGAAUUUCUUUCGCAUAACUAAAUCAGGUCUUUUACAUUUCAGGACUGUACUACUUUCAGUGUCACUCAUACUCUGGUGUGUUUCCUUGCUAGCUGCCAAGUGAGUGACCAAAAUGUGUGACAUGUGGCUUUUGGGGUCAUCGGUGGGUGAAUUCUACUGGGGCGGGAGUGAUCUGAGCAUUGUAAGAAACGUAUAUUAGAAUUUAUACUCCGCUCAGUCUGGAUUGGUACUACAGGCUUUGAAUACAAACCACUGUGAACAGUCACUGGGCAACAGUAGAAUCUGAAAAGAGAACAAAAUAAAGGUUAUAAAGACAGUAUAACCUGCCUGGAGCCUUUCUAAUUAGCAGUGAGUCGAAGCGGCUGUUUGGGGCAGGGGAGAAAUACAGAUAUUUGGUUUUAUCCACGAAGCACAUCUAGAUCUUUUUACAUGGCAUCACCUGGUAGUAUCCCCUACGUCUUCAUUUCUCAGACUGGAUAUCUUAAGACUGUAGGCAAUACUCAGCUGCUCCCCAGUAACAGGUUCAAGUGUGCGUAUUCCACAAGCAUCUAAGCUGUGUCACCUUCAGUUUAAAGUGUAAAGCUGCAGAUUUAUGUCCUGGAAUCUAAGGUCCCUGGAGAUUAUUUUGUGUCUAUAGGUUAAGUUAAAUGACCCAGGUCUGUCAUCUCUGGAUCUGCUAUUCCAUACUAACAGUCCAUGAUGUCUGCUUCUCUGUGCACAGACCUUGGAGAGCUCUUUAUUUACUCUUGUGGUACCACACUGGAAGCAAAGCAUCUGCAGGCUCCAGAGCCUGAGUCCAGGGUUCUGGGCCUUUACUUUUCCUGCAGCUGGAAUGGCUCCUGCAGGCAGUUCCGGCAGAAACUGAUGGAGUUCUACACAGCGGUAAAUGCCAAAUGUGAGCGAGGGAGCAGAAGACUGGAAGUGGUGCUUAUCAGCUCAGACCAGGCCAAGGAGGAAUGGGCUAAGGAUUUUGAUGGGACUCCAUGGCUCUCUAUCCCCUUUGAGGACCAAGACAGGAAGCUUCUGCUCUGGAAGAAGCACAAAGUGACAAGUGUGCCAACUCUAAUCUUCUUAGACUCUCACACUGGAAAACUUAUCACUAAGAAUGGUGUGGCUCUAGUUUCAGAGGACCCCACAGGGAAGGAGUUCCCUUGGAAACCACAGCUUUUUGCUGAGGUAAUGGAGGGCCCUCUGAUUCGCAACAUAGAAGGACCCCAGGAACUAAAAGAAUUGGAAGGAUACAUUUUAGGCCUGUAUUUUUCAGCACACUGGUGCCCUCCUUGUCGUGGUUUUACUCCAUUUCUGGUUGAAACCUACAAGAAAUUAAAGGAAAAGGGAGAGAAGUUUGAGAUUAUAUUUGUAAGCUCUGACAGAUCAGACGGAUCAUUUACGCAGUAUUUCAGUGAGAUGCCCUGGCUUGCAGUGCCUUAUGCUGAUGAGAAAAGAAGAUCCAGUCUGAACAGAUUGUAUAGUAUACAAGGAAUUCCGACCCUGAUUUUGCUGGAUGCUGAGCGGAAUGUGAUCACACCUCAUGGCCGGCCUGCUGUUCUAGAUGAUCCGGAGUGUAAGCACUUCCCCUGGUACCCCAAACCUGUGAACAUUCUGACAGAGACCAAUGCUACUUUGCUGCACGAGGGACCAUGUCUUGUGCUGUUUGUGGAUUCAGAGGAAGAGGAACUGGUCCCUGCCUUGCAGUUACUUCAGCCAAUAGCAGAGAAGAUUAUUGCUGAGUACAAACUGAGAGAUGAGGAGCCACCACUGGUGUUCUACUGUGCUGAGGAGGAUGACAACAUCUCUGAUUCAUUGCGUGACUUCACUAAUCUUCCUGAGUCUGCUCCAUUGCUCACCAUCCUGGACAUUGCAACAAGGGCCAAAUAUGUGUGUGAUGUAGAAGAGAUCACUCCAGCCAUUGUUGAAGAAUUUGUUAGUCAGUUCUUGGAAGGGAAGCUACAACCAGAACCAAUCUGAUAAGGAAAGGAAGCUUUUACAAGAAUUCAUAACCAGACUGAACACAGCAGAACGGACCUGUAAGGACAUUAAUGGGCUUCAUGUCAGAAGCAAAAUUUCUAAUGAACUAAUUUCUGGUGGAAUACAGUUUAGCAAGUGGAGUGAUAUUUCUGAGAAGCUCCCAGUCUUCCAACAAGUGGGUUCAAUUCUCAGCAUUAUCUGAUUUGAUAUGUAAAAAUACUGAAAAGAUGACAGGUUUUGGGGAUGCAGUCAUAAAAAAUAGCAUCUAUUUGUUGGAAUCAUCAAACAGGUGCAAGUGUAAAAACUAGUCAAAAGAUGAUAGGAUGGGGAGCUACAGUGCUGAUGUAAGACAUGACUGACAUUCAGGUAGCACGUUAGCAGGUGCGAUAGUGUGCUUAAGCAACCAUAAGCAUAUCACUGAGGCAGGAGGUGGUAUUCCAGUGAAGGAGCUUUGGGUCAGUGCAGGUAAUAACAUGUAGUAGCAGUAUCUUAGCUCACUUCCCACCACUAGAAAAGGCACCGGUAAGCAGUAGGUGCAGGAAAGUCGUAUGUGCUGCUCUGUGGCAGGAGUAUGUAAGACCACAGUUUUAGCCUAAGAAUGGAAGAUAGUAGUGUAUGUCUAUCUAUAAAGUAGUAAUUGCAAUGCAGAGGUGUCCACUCACUGUACAUUAGGUUACUUCUGUAAUAGAAUGGGAUAUGUUGUUUGCCUCAAUGAUGUAGGAAAUCCAGUCUUGUCUCAAGGCUAAAGGGACUGUUUACCUUGUUGUAAAAUAUUAAUAGCUCCACUAAUCUCUCAUUAUUGUAUGCUCCUGGAUGUUCUGCGGAAAUACAGCAAAUAAAGCAGUCCUGCCUUAGUGUUUUAUGCUUCCAGAUGUCCUGCUACAGUGUAACAGUAAUCCUAUCCUGUUUCAUUUCUUUUUUAUUCAUGGAUACCCUGUUUGCAAUUUAUUACAUCUUUCUCAUCAUUGUUGUAAUACAGUGAGCAGCAGUUUGUCUCAUACCUGUAACCUUGGGUAUUUUGCUAUACAUGCUGGAGAGACAGGUUUGUCUCCCAGAGGCUGCCCCAUCUCUGGAAUAGACUUCCCAUACAUAUCAAACACUC